CCAUUAAUCAAAACCAAAACACCUCAACAGCUCAAGUCAUGAAUCAAAACUCUUCAACACCUCAAGUCAUUAAUCAAACCUCAACAGCUCAAGUCAUGAAUCAAAACUCUUCAACACCUCAAGUCAUUAAUCAAAACCAAAACACCUCAAGACCUCAAGUCAUGACCUCACGACCCCAAAAAAGACCCCGUACCGUCGAUGCAGUUAUACUAAACCAAAACGACCUUAUAAAAGUACUAUAUGAGAAAAUUAUUAAAAUAGAAGAUCUUCAAGAUACAACGGAUGGUUUAACAAAAGAACUUAAAGAUACAACUAAUGUUUUAACGAACCAAAUAAAUAUUCUUAACGAGAUAAAUGAAUCAUUAGAGUCAGAAAUAACAAAUCUAGAUAGAGCGUUAGGGAGAGGAGAAUACAAUUCAGCAACGACGCGGGUUUUAGAAUUGAUAGAUAAUCCGGAGGCGAGAUAUUUUGCUGUUCGUCAAAGCACGUUAGAUGGGUUAAAACUUGAAAACGAACAUCUUCUAAUAAAGUUGGAAGAAAUGAAAAAAAAAUUUCAGGGAAUCAAUAUCGAUAACACCGAUUUUAAUGUCAUACCAAUGUCAGCAUUGGAAAAUGUUCAAAGAGAAAAGAGUUUGCUCGAAGAGCAAAUUCUUGAAAAAGACAAGAAAAUCUUAAGAUUGAAAGAGGCCAUGGAAAACAAAUCUAUUGAAUUUAAUAAGAUUUUGUCUGAAAUGUUUGGAUAUUACUUCGAAUCCCUCGAAGAUAAUGGUGUUAAAGUAAGAUCUAUAUACGCGGAUGAUUAUGAAUCACUAACGUUUAAACCUAAUGAAAAUGGAAAAUUACAAUUAACGGGUGGAAACUCGGAUGUUAUCAAGACUUUCGACAAUUUUAUUAAGUUCUGGAUUGUAAAAAAUGGCUCCGUACCUUGUUUUAUGGCAAAUAUUUUGGUAAAACAGUUCGAAAGAUUAAUAGGUAGAAAUAAUCAAAAUGAUGGAUCUUUCA